AGCGCCGGGCGGGCGUCACACUGGGAUGGAUGAGCGCCAUGUUGCGCCUGGCUCAAUAGAGGGAGGGGAAACUCUGCGGCUCCCAGCGUCAGGACAAUCCUCACCUCCCGACCACGCCAGCUCCGGAAGCCACAGCGACAAGCGCAAGCACAGGUCUCUUCUCUGGGAAACACUCUUUUCUCUUUUCUUUUGAUUAGUGAACAACUCCUCGCGCAAAGACGGGAAAAGGACUGAAAGGAAAAAUGCCCAAAGCGGUCAAUGUUCGCGUCACCACUGUGGACGCUGAGUUGGAGUUUGCCAUCCAGCCCAGCACCACCGGCAAGCAGCUGUUUGACCAGGUGGUAAAAACCAUCGGGGUACGGGAGGUCUGGUACUUCGGACUUCAGUACGUGGACGGCAAAAACUACAGCACAUGGCUGAAACUGGACAAAAAGGUGUCGUCCCAGGAUGUGAAGAAGGAGAACCCACUGCAGUUCAAGUUCCGGGCCAAGUUCUUCCCGGAGGACGUCGCCGAGGAGCUGAUCCAGGACAUCACCCAGAAGCUCUUCUUCCUGCAGGUGAAGGAGAGCAUCCUGAGCGACGAGGUCUACUGCCCACCAGAGACGGCCGUGCUGCUGGCCUCAUACUCCGUCCAGGCCAAGUUCGCCGACUACAACAAAGAAAUCCACCGACCUGGAUACCUGCUGUCUGAACGCCUGCUGCCACACAGAGUCUUGGAGCAGCACAAGUUAUCCAGAGAACAGUGGGAGGAGAGGAUCCAGGUGUGGCACGAGGAGCACCGUGGGAUGCUGAAGGAGGACGCCAUGCUGGAGUAUCUGAAGAUCGCCCAGGACCUGGAGAUGUACGGAGUCAACUACUUCGAGAUUAAGAAUAAGAAAGGAACAGAGCUGUGGCUGGGCGUGGACGCGCUCGGACUCAACAUUUACGAGAAGGACGACAAACUGACCCCAAAGAUCGGCUUCCCCUGGAGCGAGAUCAGAAACAUUUCCUUCAACGAUAAGAAGUUCAUCAUCAAACCCAUUGACAAGAAAUCCCCAGACUUUGUGUUCUAUGCCCCGAGACUGCGCAUCAACAAGCGCAUCCUGCAGCUGUGCAUGGGCAACCACGAGCUGUACAUGCGGCGCCGCAAGCCGGACACGAUCGAGGUGCAGCAGAUGAAGGCCCAGGCCAGAGAGGAGAAGCAGCAGAAACAGAUGGAGAGGGCCCAGCUGGAGAACGAGAAGAAGAAGAGGGAGGCCAUCGAGAGGGAGAAGGAGCAGAUGGAGCGGGAGAAGCAGGACCUGAUGAUGAGGCUCUACCAGUUCGAGGAGAAGACUAAGAAGGCGGAGAAAGAUCUGCAGGAUCAGCUGCAGAGAGCCAUGAUGCUGGAGCAGGAGCGGAGGAGAGCCGAGGAGGAGGCGGCCCGUCUGGAGGCGGAGCGUCAGGCUGCCCUGCUGGCUAAGGAGGAGCUGGCCCGCGAGGCCGAGGACCAGAAGAAGAGUCAGGAGCAGCUGGCUGCAGAGCUGGCCGAGCACACAGCCAGGAUCACUCUGCUGGAGGAGGCCAAGAGACGCAAGGAGGAGGAGGCCGACACAUGGCAGCUCAGGGCCCAGGAGGCCCAGAGCGACCUGGUUAAGACCAAAGAGGAGCUGCACAUGGUGAUGACGGCGCCCCCGCCGCCCCCACCCCCUCCCAUGUACGACCACCUGGACGACAACAGCGACAGCGAGGAGAACAACAGCACGCACAGCGCCGAGCUGCCCACCGACGGCUUCAACGACCACCGCAACGAGGAGGACCGCCUGACCGAGGCCGAGAAGAACGAGCGUGUCCAGAAACAGCUGAAGGCCCUGACCUCAGAGCUGGCUCAGGCGCGUGACGAGUCCAAGAACACCCAGAACGACCUCCUCCACUCGGAGAACGUCCGGGCCGGCCGAGACAAAUACAAGACCCUGCGACAGAUCCGACAGGGCAACACCAAGCAGAGAAUCGACGAGUUCGAGGCCUUAUAAGAAGCCUUGGGCGCCAAGCAUCAACGUACCCUUUCUGAAUGGUCUCUACGUCUCGCUCCUUGGGGGACACGCGCGCACAUACACACACAUACACACACACACAUACACACACACACACAAACACACUCAUGUUUAACACACACCGGUCACAGACUAACCUGGAGCAGCGCAACACGGCAUAAGCGUCAGAGAGGUCGGCUUCUUGCUGUGAGUGUAAUCGGGCAGGAUGCAAAGCUUUGCAAAACAUUUUGAAGAAAACUUAGUGCCAAAACCUUCUCUCUCUGUCUCUGUCCUUAGUGUGUUGGAUCUUAUUUGUGUUAUUCUUGUGUUUUCAUUUGAUCAGUUCAGACCAAAAUCACUUUUGUUUUUAUCCAGAGGUGUGAUGAAGUAGCGGGACUAGCCAAAUUUUUAUUAGUAUUUCAUGGUGCGCACAUAGAAUAUGAAAUCAAAAGCCUCGGCUCCGUUUGAUGUCGGUCUCUUUUUCUUUUUUUUUUGCAUAGGAAGGAAAAAAAAAAGGACAGUUUGUCGUUCAUGGCGACCACUCAGAAAGGGGGAAAAAAAACAGUAUAAGCAGGAAAAUGUGUAUGUUUCUGUUUUCCAUUAUAUUUGAACACUUCCAUUUAUGUUUAAUGUUGCUAUUCAGUAGGUUAAAAUCAUGCCUAGUUUGAUAUUUAUACUGUAUAUGGGACAUUAAAAAAAAGGGUAUUGCAUCUUGGUUUGUAUAUUUUUGCUAUUUUGCUAUCUACUCAUGAUAACAAACACAUUUAAUAUGUUUCAAAGGUUUUAUAUAUAUUGACCGAAAUAAUAAGUCUUAUGUUCCUUUUUUUUUCUUUAGAUCACUAAAUUAAAGAGAUUUAAUUGUAAAUUAUUAUUUUUUACCGUAGGAAGUAUCCAGCUGCAUGCCAUUCAAAUCAGUUAAAGGAGGAGGUUGCUAACUAUCUAGGUACUUUCGACUUUUUGUUUUGUUUUUUUUUUUGUGCCGUGCAGUUCGCUGCAGGCUGAGGAAUGUCUUCGGUGCCGUGCGCUGGCCGGGGACACUUAGGUUUAAUAUAUUUUUUAUUUCUGUCUGUUCUGUCGUGUCGCUGUAGGCUGAGAGGUGAGCAUGUGUCUUAUGCUUGUACCCUCCUAAGUGGCCUUUUCUCUCUGCAGUGGUCAGUCCCAGGCGGUUGGUCCACACGUCACAGUCAAGGUGCACAAUAAAAAAAAAAAGAAAAAAAUAUGGAUGCAACUCUGAAAAUCUUGUUUUUUUUUUCUUUUUUAGUGAUAGACCUAAAGAUGAGGGUUGAGGUUGAACAUUGGGAGUUUUUUUUUUUUUUUUUGGUCACAGAGGACUGACCCAGACAGUGUAACGCCAACCUCUCGCUCUCCUCUCGCUGGACAUGGACUAGAGUAGCAUUUACUGACACUGUAAUGGAAACACACAGCUAUGCUGGCCUUUGUAUAUGAAAAGGAUUUUAUAAUGAGGUGUUCAACAUAUUGGCAAUAAAAGAAAUCUGAUUACA